AAUUGACAAUGAAUGCAGUUUUAUGAAAUCUUCGGAAUGGUUUAUUCUGACCGCAGCACAUACAUUUUUCCUUUCGAAUGCACAAAAAUGUCUUGUCUAAAAUUCUCGUCACACCCCAAUAACUUGCACCGCUUGCAGGCUGCUUGCAAUAACACUCGUACCUUUAUUAGCUUCUUUUAUUGGGAAUUAAAGACUCUAAAAUGCCAAUUGGCAAAAACAUCAACUUUGGUUUGAUUUAUUUUCAAGUAUAUAUGUAUGAGAACUUAGAGUAGAAGAACUGACUGCCUAAAGAAUAUUUGUGAUGUAUAGGAGUUGUACAAAUAUCAAAGAAUUUAUGUAGUCGUCUAUAUGUGUAUGUACUAUUGUCGGGUAUUUCGAGUCGAGCAUCGCGUGGGAGCGAUGGGGGCACCUCUGGCUUUGACAUAAUUUAAAGGCAUCAAACUCUAUAUAAAUAAUAACUUUUUAUAAUUUUUAUUUGCAAAUGUCGAAACUUAAGGCUUAAUUCCUUUUGCGGAAGGGGGAGACACAUACAUAUAUACCUUUCUUUAUACCCCUUCCCUCUGUUGCGUUUCUGUCAAAUAACAAACAUUCGAAGCGUAAUUCCUAUACGGUAUAAAAGAGAUGUUUACAAUUGUGUAUGCCUCCUCCAGCUGGGGUGUGGCCUAAAGAGUGGGUGGCCAAGGGUUAGAGCCCAGACGCUGAACGGGAGAUGUGCGCGCGCACUUACGGUCUGGUCCGUUCUGUGCUGGGGAGGAGGACACGCAUUUCAGGAUAGGAUAGUGUCUGGGCAUUCAGUACAGAGUAGGAUUUCAUUGACACAGGACACAAAAGCUCCUUCAAAAUGAAUAUAGUAUUGGGAAAUUGUGUGGGAAGCUGCGACCAAUUGGCCGGACCACCACCUGACUUUAUACUAUCGAUGCCGCCGCCGCCAUUGCCAUCGUUCCUCAUCAGCAAACCGACAACCAUCGAGACUCUGAUGCCGCCGUCCAACGAGUCGCAGCCGUGCUUUGCCGCAUUCAUGUGCGGCGGCCAGGGGGGCCAGGGCCAGCACAAUGACAGCAAUGGCAAUGCUCUGAUGGAGCUGGUGCGUAGCAGUGAUACCAGGAGUCUGGAGAAUGUUUGGUUCUUUGUCUCCUCCUGCGUGGGCAUAUUCGUGCUGGGCUGCUUCCUGGCCAUCAUUGUGAUCAGAUGCAGGGAGACCUUCCUCUCCUACCACGACGCAAACAUCAAGCAGACGGCCAUCAAUGCCUUGGGCGAGGCAACCAAAUCGAAUGCCUUCUCCUCGGGCGGCAUACUGUAUCCUUGUGCGACGGCCAACAGUAGGGACCUGCUGCAGAGUCAGCUGGUGAAUGAUAGCCGCCUGCUGUGGGCCACUCUAACACCGCACGGCACUAGGCACUUUAUCAUUGAAAACUCCCAGGAUGGGGGGCACUACGAGUCGGUGGAUUAUCGCGGCAAGGCCCACAGUCAGGUGUUUCGCGGCUAUGCCAAGCAUUCGCAAUCGUUUGUCAAGUCGUUUGAUAAUAAUGGUUUCGUUGAUUACGACUAUGAGGAUCCCACACCUUUGAUGGAUUCCUAUCACGAUGACAUGGACUCGGGCUAUCAGGAGCCCCAUGAGGUGACCGGCUCGCUGAAUCAGUCGUCCCCCAUGCAUGGCCAUGCAACAGCUAAUGACACACCGACAAAUGUGAACACCCUAUCGAUUAGCCGCAAGACCACUCUGUCGCGUCGCAUCAGCGAUGCCUCCUCGCACAACGGGACAACGAUGUAAUGUCUGCUGGGUGCCGCACGAGUUUCGUUAUGUAAAUUACACCGAAAAAGAGUGAGGAGGGUGCAGGUCCAUCCACAACUAACUACUACAGAUCGUCACAGUAUUUUCGAUACAGAUUCCAGACACAGAGAUACUGAUGAUAUUUUAGUCUACUCUUAAGUAGGGGGAAUACAGACACAAAAGAUACCGAAAACAGAUCGGAGGAAUAGAAAGCAAUACUAAUGUUGAUUAAGUAUAGAUUCGCGCUAAUCGUGCAUCGAACCAAAACAAAACAAAAAACAAACAAACUAAUAUACGCAUUGAUCGCUCUCUCAAUUGCUUUUUAAACUCGUACGUGCAUCAGAAAAACCCACACACACACACACAAACUAUACAACUAAAUACUACAAAUACUAGAACUACUA